AUGAAAAUCACCAAUUCGUCAUUUCUUCUCUUCCUCCUUCCCGCCAUUUCGGCCGCGCUCACCGACGCAACAUACAAUGACAACAUAAACUCUCGAGUCUCGCGUGAGACCGUUGGCAGCAAUGCUCGUCUCGUCGACUCGGAUAUAGUCGCAUCAAAUGUCGCCAAGGGGGCGCCGGACGUCCCAGUGGAUGGCAAAGAUGGAAGACCACACGCCGGUCCGUGGGUGGAAACCAACGCAGACCGCGAUCGCAAAACCACGAAGGGUGGCGAUGAUGUCGAGAUCGGUUCGACAAAAUACGACUCCAAGAUCCCUUCGUCGCAGCAUCUAAGCACUGAAGAGGGGAAGGUGAUCCCGCAUUCGAACGGCGGCGUCAUGGACGAUCCGCACCGGGCGGGCCCGAAAGAGGGUACACGGGGAACUGAAGGUGGUGUGUCGGAGAAAGGAAAGGAGAGCCAGUUCACAUCCGAAAAAGUCCCUGGAGGGCCCAAGGAGGCACCUCCGUUGCCGCAUAGCGAGGCAAAGAAGCUAUCUGACAGCGACGACCCAACAAUUGGAGGUGCCAGCCGGUCUGCAGAUGGCUCGGGAUCUCUUGGUAUGCUCGAGAAACCUGCCGAUCUUCCCGAGAAGCCACACGAUAUCCCUCAUCCCAAACCUCCAACAAUUUACAAGGAUGAUCCCCUGAGCGUCGAUCACAGCUCGGGUUCUCCAGCGUCAUCAUCGUCCUCGUUGGGUCACCACGACCAUGAUGACGAGAUUCCGGAUGCCGGAAGCUCGCUACAUUCCCUUGUUUUCUCUUUCACCAUGAUUCUCGUUUCGGAGAUUGGCGACAAGACUUUCCUCGUAGCUGCACUGAUGGCUAUGAGACAUCCCCGCUUGGUAGUGUUUAGCGCAGCAUUCAGUGCUUUGAUUGGCAUGACUGUUCUCUCCGCAGUUCUGGGCCACGCCGUUCCAACCCUUAUCCCCAAAACCUUCACAAAAUUCAUGGCCGCUAUCUUAUUCUUGGUUUUCGGCGCAAAGAUGCUCAAGGAAGGUCGUGAAAUGUCUCCUGAUGAGGGAGUGGGCGAAGAAAUGCGAGAGGUCGAGGCAGAGCUGGAGGAGAAGGAGCACCAGCAGCUGCGCAUGGGCCGCCGUCGUUCUUCGGUCACUCCUCACAACCUGGAAGCAGGUCGUGCUGGAGGCCGUCCCAAAACUCGCGGUUCCGGAAAUCGCCUUCCUUCUCCCCCAGAGAGCAUCUCCUCCUCCUCUUCUCGCGGUUCCUCCCCUCAUCCCCGCCAACGGCUUAAUGAUGCCUUCUCUGGGCUGAGCAAUCUCUUCUCUCUCCUCCUCAGUCCCGCCUGGGUGCAGACAUUCGUCAUGACCUUCCUCGGUGAAUGGGGUGACCGUAGCCAGAUCGCCACCAUUGCCAUGGCCGCCGGCCAGGACUACUGGUGGGUGACUGUCGGUGCGAGUGCCGGUCACGGAAUCUGCACCGCAGCCGCCGUGAUCGGUGGACGGGCCAUCGCUGGUCGGGUCAGCAUGCGUGUUGUGACUCUCGGCGGUGCCGUGGCAUUCCUUGUGUUUGGCGUCAUCUACUUCAUUGAGGCUAUCUUUUAG